UAAUCUCUUCUACUGUCGACGCUACUAUGAUAUCUUAGAAUUUUGACUAUAUUUUAUUAAUCGGCAAGAACAAAUCUCCUUUUCUUUUAAAGAUUGUAUCACAGUGCCAACCCUCUUAUAUUUUCUCUGGCAUAUCAUGAACGAGACAUAGACAGACAGCUCCAGUGUCUUUCCGUGUGGGGGAGGAAAUUCCUUUUUUCUGAGGAAAUUAGUAGUGAAUUAACGCAGAUUCCACGGAAGUUACGUCCUGCAGUCCAAAAUGGAAGAGAUAGACAGCUUGAUUCAGUCUCUUAUGGAGAAAGAAAUUCCUGAUGGGCGACAGGCUUUGAAAGAUGGGCACGAAAAUCUGGCCAAAGUCGCAGCUUACUGCGAACAGAAAUAUCGAGACGCAAACAAGCAUCACGCUUUACCGGGCUCAGAUAAAGCAAAGGCUUUCGAAGAAACAAGGGCUGUUCUGGAAGAGACGAAAAAGUACGCUACACAGUCGCUAGCAAGCGUGGCUUAUCAGAUAAACUCUUUAGCCCUCAGCAUGUUGAAUUUGAUGGAUAAUCAAGCUUUAAAGGUGGAGGGACUGGAGGCAACGGUUCAUCUCUUUGGACAGAGUGUUGAAGCUCACAAAGAAAAAGUGGCUCGUCUUAAGAUAGGCGCUCUUGGUUCCAACAAGUCGAGGAAAAAGGUACCUAAAAUAGUGGCUCCAGCUGAAAAAGAGGAACGUGAAACAUAUGACUAUGAGGGCAUGCCAAUUGAUUUUCACAGUCUGGAUAAUUUAGGGAAUGGUGCCAAGACAAAGAGCAGAUCUCAAGAAAGUCAACAAAGUAGCAAAAAAAAAGGAGGCAGAGGAAGUUCAAGGAGAGCACAAUUGACAAAUCCCCCACCCCCUCCUGUACCUCCACCUUCUGUACCCUCCUUAGACUCAGAUCUGCCCUCUCCCCCCUUGGUGGCAAACCAGGUGACUGCAUUGCCAGCAGAUAAUGGUGCUGGGAUCCCUCCUCCACCACCACUCCCAACAGGGGUACCUGCUCCCCCACCACCUCCUGGCAUUGGAGGCACAGUACCUCCCCCACCACCAGCCCCUGGUAUAGGGGGAUCAGUACCUCCCCCACCACCUCCCCCCAGUAUUGGAGGAUCAGUACCAUCCCCACCACCACCCCCUGGUAUUGGAGGAUCAAUACCGCCCCCACCACCACCCCCUGGUAUUGGAGGAUCAAUACCACCCCCACCACCACUUCCUGGUCUUGGAGGAGCAGUUGCAUCUCCACCUCUGCCUCCUGGUACUGGAGGAGCCAUACCACCCCCACCAGCCGUAGGGGGAUCAGUACCUCGCCCACCACCACCUCCUGGUGUAGGAGGAGCAAUUCCUUCUCCAAGAGCACCCCCUGGUAAAUUAGGCACAGUUCCUCCUCCCCCACCACCACCUCCUGCCAUGGGAGGAGCAGUUCCCCCACCACCAACACCUGCUGUUGUACCAUCCCCACCGACUCCCCCUAGCUCAGGAGGAUCAAUUCCUGCCCCACCACCACCCCCUCCUUUGCCAAGUGAUGGUGCCAAUGCUAAGCUAUCCAAACCAGGCGAAGGUAGUCAAGCCUCCUCACUCCCUCCCUCUGAGGAAGAAUACUACCAAUCCCCAUCAUCACUACCAAUGCCCGUGCCACAAGAGGAUUUGUACCAGGUUCCCUCUGUGCUAACAGGAAAAGGGACCUCUUGCAUCCCUAAAAACUACAUAGAAAAAGUGGUGACCUUGUAUGAAUAUGUUAAAGAAAGAGACGACGAGCUUACAUUUCAAGAAGGAAAGAUCAUUUACGUCGUCAAGAAACAUGAUAACGGUUGGUUCGAGGGUGUCAUGGAAAAUGGAGCAAGUGGCCUCUUUCCAGGAAAUUAUGUGGAAGUUUAUGACGCUCCGCCUAAAAGAGUGUGGCGUCUUGGCAGUAUCGACGAAGAAACAGACGAGCACGUCUUGUUAGAGAGGGAUAGCGAGAGCUUCCGCAAUUUCACGUCUCCCAAAGAAAUCGUCAGCCAUUGCUGGAGAAAUCGCCUGGCGGAAAGGCUCCCUUUGUGGAAUCUUCGACAACCCUCAUCCUCUCGUCGUCUUCCUUGUUGCAAGUCUGGUCUGGGUCUUAUACUCACCACAGCAUCUGGCGUCCUGUUCGCGAUAGCAUCGCUUUUUGUGAAGCUUUCCAACACGUCGAUCCCAGCGUUUGAAAUCGUCUUCUUCCGCCUUGUGAUCCAAACCGUUCUUGUUGUUCCUGGUGCCAUCUGGGCGCGGGCAGACUUGUUGGGCGAGAGGGAACACAGACCAUUCCUCGUAUGCUUCGGCGCAGUGAAUUUUGCUUCUGUCUCUUGCAUUUACGGAUCGUUCACCAAGCUACCGUUAGGAGACGCAACUGUUUGUAUAUCGACAACCCCAAUUUUCACCGCUCUGGUUGCCUACGUUUUCCUAAAAGAAUCUUGGCAUAUUUUUGACGCAAUAGCGACCUUUGUAUGUAUGGGUGGAGUGGUCCUUCUAACGAAACCAACAUUUCUCUUCGGCUCUUCAGCAAAUCUAUCAAGCCACGUGACCGAGUCGUCCCGUCUGAUUGGUUAUGCUGUGGCACUGUCCGGAGCUGUCGUCCAAUCAUUGACGUUCGUUAUGGUCCGUAAAGUUGGUGGUUCUGUGAGCUUCUACACCAAUGUCUUCUACUUUGGCUGGUGCAGUGCACUCCUAUCUGGUUUGACCAUGUUUGUUUUUCAAAAACCUGUUAUUCCGGAUUGCGGGACGACAAGGUGGUUCCUUAUUGGAGUAGCUCUCUGUGGAGUAUUCGGAAGUUUCUGCUUGAACCGGGGUCUUCAGUUGGAGAAAGCAGCCCCGGCAGCGCUGAUGAGGAAUGUAGACAUCCUGUUGGCCUUUUUAUUUGACUACGCUAUCUUUGGACAUAAGCCAAGCCUCCUUACUUUGCUUGGGGGUCUGCUUGUGGUGUUGUCAACCGGCGGAGUGGCCCUGGAUUCCAAGAUGGCGGAGGUUGAAAAUUUACUUCUCUCACUGAUUGAGAAAGAAAUCCCCGAAGGACGACAAGCAUUGAGAGAUGGCCAUGAAAAUCUAGCUAAGGUAGCAGAAUACUGCGAAAAGAAAUAUCUGGAGACAAACAAUCGGUUUAAAUCGGGCGGAGACAGGGCGAAAGCGCUCGAGGAGUCAAGGGCUGUUCUCGACGAGACGAAACAAUUCGCGACGCAGUCCCUGGCCAGUGUAGCUUAUCAGAUAAAUUCCUUAGCUAUGAACAUGCUUGGCCUGUUAGAUCAACAAGUUUUGAAGUUACAGGAAAUGGAGUCGCGGAUAAAUCAUAUAUCGGAGACUGUUGACAUUCACAAAGAGAAAGUGGCUCGAAGGGAGAUAGGUGUGUUAGCAUCAAGCAAAUCAACUGGACGCACUCACAGAAUCAUAGCCCCAGCUGAGCAAGAGAAGCCUGUCAGAUACAGCAGAAGAACAACUGAUUAUUCCCUGCUUGAUCAAUUAGGGCAUGGAGUCAAGACAAGUGAUCGUCAAGAUAGCCGGCGUCGUCAAAGCAGCAAGAAAGUGAAGCCACAACAGCAACAAGCUGCAAACAGAGGGAGCCAGCGCCAACCAGUUGCAGGGACAACGAGAAGAGCACCACUUAUUAAGCCUCCACCUCCUCCUGUUCCUCCACCAAUGCCUCCUUCUGUUCCCUCCUCAGAACUAGGUCCAACCCCUCCUCCUUCUGUGCCUGUUCCACCUGCUACUCCAUCAUUGCCAGGUGAUGGUGCCAUAGUCCCCCCACCCCCUCCACCCCCAGGAAUGCCUUCUGUUCCAUCACCCACUGGCAUACCACCUCCACCACCACUCCCUGGUUUUGUAUCCCCUCCUCCCUACCCCAGUAUGGGAGGACAAGUACCUACCCCACCCCCUCCUCCAGCUUUGAAUGCACAUGGUGGUGCAAUGAACCUUCCUCCACCAGAUUUGAUUCCCCCAUCAGAAGUUGAUGGAGAGAGCACUUAUGAAUCUGUGGUUGAUGCAAUGGGUUUGCCCCCACCCCCACCCUCUGAAGAUGACUUUUACCAGGCCCCAUCAUCCCUUCCCAUGCCUGCACCACCAGAAGAUUUGUAUCAAGUGCCACCCCCACCAGUGGAGGGACAGUCUGGUGUUCCUGAUAACUAUAUUGAGAAAGUGGUGUCCCUGUACAGCUAUGCUCAGCAGAGAGAUGAUGAACUCACAUUCGACGAAGGAGUGAUCAUUUAUGUUGUCAAGAAAAACGAUGAUGGUUGGUUUGAGGGUGUCACAGAAAGUGGCGUUACUGGUCUCUUUCCAGGAAACUAUGUGGAAGCUUGUCUUUGAUUCAAGACAUCUCAUUUGGUGAACCAAUUAUAAAAUGUAACUAGAAGUUUGCCACUGAAAGAGAACUUCAAAAUCAGAGGUUUAGCUGAUUACAGACACUGCUUUACAUGAAAGCUAGAAUCUUGCUUAAGUGACAGGCUUUGAGUUCACUGAUAAUCCCUUGUUGACUUUUUUUCUGUUGAUUCUCAUCAUUUGUUGUCUUGAUAUUGUUUAAAUAUUGCAAGGAGAAAUUCUGUCUUGGUCACUUAUGGGGGUUAAAGGAUUCAGAAAUCAGCUAAGCUUGCAGCUAAUGAUCACACAUAAACCUUCAAGUAAAGCCUGAUAAACUGGUCAGAAGCAUUGUGCAUUUUAGAGGCACUUCCUUUAGAAUAAUUAACAAUUAUUUACCAAAUGGAGGUGAAUAGUGGUGGGUAUUUACCUGGCCACAAAGUGGCAAGGUAAAUAUCCACCACUUUCAAUGACACUGAAAUGAAUAAUUAUUUUAGUAUAUACCACACAUAUACCAAAAUACUAGUUUGUCUCUUUCAAUAUAUGAAAGAAAGGUUGGAAAUGAACCUCGAUGCAUGAUUUUGUCUCACCAGCUUCUUGGAGGUGAAUAGUACUUGCCAUUCACCCCCAAACUAGCCAAUCAGCAUGCAUGAAAAGAACUAUUCAUUUGUGUGGUAUAUACUGAAUACUUGAUAAAGAAGGAAGUGUCUAAUGCUGUCAUUGAUGCUGGCUGAAAAUAUUUAGGUUUUUUUGAUGGAAACAAACAUCACAUUCUAAAAUAUUUUUUAUGAGAAAUAUAGUUAAGAUUAUCAACAGCUGGUUGGUAGUAGGUUAUUACAUAGUCUAUUUUUUGUAUAAAAUCGGGUUUAUGUUAAGGACCAGAAACAUUUAUGGAACAGCCUUUAGGGAUAACAUUUUUAUGGGUCUCCUUUAAUACCCCUUUACAGUCAUAAAUUCAAGGUAUCUUUUUUGUUAUGUAGUUUGGUAAAGAAGAGAAAAAUGGAAUUUUGAUAUCAUGAGAUAUUCAUUUGAUGGGGAGGAAUGUUAGAAAAGAAGACACUCAAAAAUGAGAAUUAGUUAUUUUAAUCUUAUAACUUGUGUAUAAUAAAGUAUCUAUGAAGCUGUAUAUUUAAUUGGCUAUCUACUCUACAAUUCAAGGUUGUCUUUAGGUGGUGCUCUCUAGAAUUAUACCUUUGCAGAUAAUCUAUGUUGAUUUGUGAAUUUAUCCUCCUUAAUCCUUAAUUGAUCAUUAAAAUUAAAUUUUCCAUUGGCUUUAAGCAUCUCUUUUAGAGGAGAGAAGAAGACAAAAAAUUGCUAGAUACAGGAUUUUUGUGGAAAAUCUUGAGGCCCUUUUUUGCUUAGAUUAUCCUGUGAGCAUCUUUUGAUGUUUGUUUGUUUUAUUGUAAUUGUACAGAGAAAAUUGAAAGGGAAGUUUUUUCACCUUGCCUCCAAUUAAUUACUCAAUAAAGAUGAUAAUUAUUGUAAUAA